AUGGACAGACAAAGACAAAUUGAAAGGAUUGAAAGUGAGCUGGUCAGCCAAAAGCCAUGGUAUGAAAAAGGAGAGGUCUCUGUGAAGGAAAGACCAAAGAAUUCGCUUCUAUUUGAUGAGGACUGCGACUCAGACGAGUUUGUGCGGAAUAUUGAGUUCAUCCGGAACAAAACCACUCUGAAGAUAGAAAACACUGUUGACGUGCUAAUAGAGAGAAUUGUAAAGGACCGGAUAAAAAGAAAGACGUACGAUAACCCGCGUAAGGCCCAGCCAAAAAAGAAAGACCUCACAAUUGUAGUGCCAGACAAGGAUGAGAAGGUGGUACUGCACGAUAUUCUGGAUGGAAGGCGCAGUGAGAAUGACAAGUUCAUGGAUCCCAACGAGAUGAUCAAGCUUUUCAACGAGAUAGACAGUGCACUAGUGGAGAUAUCAGACAAAUCAUACACUGGAAGCAGGCCUAUGCAAACAAUAAGCAAAAAAGAAGCACAGCCAGAUGACGCAAAUCAGAAGGUACGCUUAUAA